AUGGCGUCCAAAGGGAACUCGGUGUUUUCACGAAUCAUUCGCCGUGAACUUCCCGCUACGUUUCUUCAUGAGGAUGAUCAGGUAAACUAAGAACGAUGUGUAACUCGAACUCGAACUCUACACUGACUACACCCCCACCCUAUAGUUGCACACCUACAAUUUUAACAAAUUCAGGCUGCAGUCACUUGCCUUAGUAAUGACAGGUGAAAACAAGGUACAGUAUGGGGCCCAGUUCUCGGCCACAAAAAACGUAAACUUGUAUUUCUUACCUUGGAAUAGCCGUGAGAACUGGCAAUUUCACACACAACUAGCUUCAGCAUUCAGUUUACACAUGUAAAGCUAUCGACUGCUCAACGCUGUUUUCUCCCAAGUAAUAACGAAAAUGGAGGCUUAAUCGUUCGUGGGCCCAGUCAUCGGCCAGCGAGCCCAGUUCUCGGCCACAAAAGAGUGCGCUCGAUUCCUGAGAAUAAACAACGCUUUAUUACCAUUUUUUGUUGUUAAAUCAGUUAUAAGACUUGGGUGUUAAUAUUUCGAUCACAAAUUAUCUUUUAAGAGCUUUGUUUCACGUUAGAAAAGGAAGUUUUUUGCACACUGACACCUUAUAGUUUUUCUCUUAAGUGCAGUCAAGCGAGGCUAAAAACGAGUUUAAAAACUUAUAGUUUUAAUUCAUACCUACUGUCAGAACACUUCUAUCUUUCAUUCUUGCCACUGCGGAUGAAACUGUAUUUAAAAUUUCGGUUCCUCGGCCAUCAAAAACUCCAUUAAUAUUCAAAACUAUGAGCACUUUUUAGUGUUGACGGCGAGCAGGGUGGCCGAAAAUAGGCAAAUACGCAAAAGUACUAAGGAAAUAUUGAGGAGUGAAUUUAGGUCAAAGAAUAAAACAGGCCAGCAAAAGGUUAUAUUUAACAGAUAGCUUUAUCACUCUACGUUCUUUGUACCAAGAAUUGGCUCAUUUUGGCCCUCUAUACGGAAAAAAAAUAUAAACUUGAAUUAAACCAUGUAAUUUUAGUAGCCGUAAACAAACACGUUUUCGGGGAAACCAAAUUCACCUACCUUCGCGUCACCUCAAUGUGCUCACAGUAUAUAGUAGCUGUAAACUCAAAACUCGGCAGGACGAAAGACAAGGAAUCAAGCUACCUUUGGAAACAAUUGCUUUUUAUUCAGACUCAUUUUUGGCUCGAAAAAUAACCGUUGAACAAAAAGUGACCAAAAACUGGGCCCGGCUGAGAACUGGGCCCCAUACUGAAUCUUGUAUUCAGUGACCUCCUUCCCCCGGCCUAUGGCUAUGGGCACCCAUUCAUAUUCAGACGUGUUGGUGAGUUGGGGAUUGGAUAGAAAUACUAAGAAAUGGGUAAGAGCUGAUGAACAGGGUAUCAUCUUUCAAGGUCUUGAGUUUUUAUAACAAGGCGUUACAAAUUGAUCAAAAUUGAUCAUUGAAAAGCGAAUCGAUAAAUCGAUAAAAUCAAAAUUCAAAUCAAUCAAAAUCGAUAAAUCACAAGAUAUUGAGGGAUGUGUAUCAAUUAUUAUUCAUGGCAACCGAAGGACACUAGAGAAAUCUGGAGAAAUCAAGAGAAAUCAAUCACUCAAAGCGCAAUCGAAAGAAGUGUUGACAAAUUGAAAAAGCAGUGUUUCAGGGCAUUACCAUUGUAGCUUGUUCACAUUUCUACCUUCACCUUGCAACUGCCUGUUACUGCAAACUUUCGUGUACAUUUUCAGCAUCAUUGGUGUGUUCACAGGUUAUCAACGUUGAUCAAUGGCACGAGUCUCAGCUGGUACUCUCAUUCCCAUUUUGCAGCGUUUUGGAAAGAGAAGUCCGGUGUAAAAGCAUGUGAAUAAAGAAAUUGUUUAAGUCAGUUGUGGACUAUUAGUUUAAACAAGGUUUGGCAUGUUUUCCUCAAGCUUUUUGUCCAGUUGUAGGCCAUGGAGGGAUUGCGAGCGCAAGAUUUGUCACGUCAGGUCACUGCACUAACUGCUGCUGUGUAAUGUUCGUGCUUCAAAAUACCGGCAUAGCUUUACGUUUCAAUACUUUUCAAUUGAAAUCGAUACAAUCCAUGAAAUCGAUAGAAAUCGAACAGAAAUAGAUGAAAGUCGAUAAUCACAAGAAUGACUGUGAUUGAUUUUUAUCGUAGUUUUACUAUCAGCAGCAAGACUCAUAAUCUGCAGCGCGUUUUUCCCCCCUGGGGGGGGGGGUGUUGUAGUUCCUUUUAUAGGCUAUAUCUAGGUAUGUGCCAUGCUAAAGGGUAUGGUUUUUUAGCCAUUUUGGUCUGAAAUAGGGAAUCAAUUUCGACCGCAGACGUAUUUCCGGUUGUCGCUAACACGCGUACUAAAUCAAAUCAGAAACAAGUAAAAAGUAUCGACGUUGAUAAAAUAGGAAGUAAAAAACAUUUAGCGAGUAAAUCUGUUUUGUUUCGUGUAGAAUUAAUUGCCUCCUCAUUUCUCAAUCUAAUCUUCAAGCAAGUGAGACUGAAUACCGCUCUAAGUGGCUUCUUGUUAUUGUCUGGAACAGGGUGUCCUUUUAGACAGGAAAAGAGUCUUAAGCCAGGGGGGGGUACUCCCUCAUAUAAGCGAUAUAGGUAUGUGCUGCCCCAUCGGGUAGGGUUUUUGAGCUGUUUUGGUCUGAAAACGGGUUUACACUUUUCCCAUUUUUGGGAACUGGGUUUCAAGGGAACUACGGGAGUGUAUGAACAUAUUUAUCGUUUCAAUUCUAAAUAAGAAAGAAAGAGAAAUAUGGGAAUUUGAAACGAACUUGAGGAAUUUUUUUUGUUUGCGCUCUGAAUAAAGGCCAGCUGAAAACGGGUUUGGAUUUUAGAGGUCUGGUCUGAAAAUGGGUCUGGAAAAUGACAUUUUUUGGUCUGAAAUAGGGUCAGGAUUUAGAGAACCAGGCGGCACACCCCCACCAAGAAUUUUUCUUUGGUGUUAUUACAGAUAACUAAUUACAUCUAUAGCCCUUGAAAAAUGUAACAAAGAAUGCAGUAUGCUUUAAAUUAUAAUGGUACAAGGUUUUUGUCUAGCAGCGUGCAAAGAAAGUUGUGUCCGAUAGCCCGGGGCUAGUGGAUUUUGUAAUCGGGCUAGUGAAUUCUAUUCUUAAUUUGCCCGAAGGGCAAGUGAAAUUUUUUGGGAAAUUCAAAUAACAGAAGAACUACAAUCAAUGUUGCCUGUGAAAAACAAUUUUGGGCUAGUUAAAAAGACUCUUGGGCUAGUACAUACUAGCACCAACUUGCCCAAAUGGCAAGCCGUAAAACUGCCUUUCUUUGCACCCUGCUAGUCUAGUAAAAAAUAUUAUUACUCAAUUUCCUUGUGGAUUCUUUUUUGAAUUUUCUAUAUGGGUAUAAAAUUUUGCAUGCUUAAAUUUCGUGUGGAUUUAUUUUUGCGAUUUUUCUACAGUCAUGAAAAACACGAAAUUUAAGACCCGCUAAAUUACCGGUAAGUACCAGUAAGGUAGCUGCCAAAUGCCUAUAAGCAAUUAUAACAAAACUGGCAAAUAAAAUAAAAGUUAGAAGCUUGAAUGAAUGAAUGCUGACUUAAACUGAUUCAACACAAAACAUCUAAAACAGUUCUGUUCUGAUUGGCUUAGAGUUGGUUUCAUGUUUCACAGCAUUUUGACACUUGCAAUUAAAUGAUGCUUGAAUGAAAUGUAUCCAAUUCCUUUGGAUAACAUACUCUCCCAGGUUUACCGUGACUCCUCCGCCCCCUCUCAAAUAAGUCUCCCUUCCCUAAUUAUUCUUUUGUAAUAAGUGUUGGACUGUAUAAUCGGUCACUACUGUUAAACUUCGUUUAGACUUAUCCAGGAUGGUUUAUUUUCCAACUGUAAGUUCAGAUUUGAUGCUGAUCCUCAGCUGCAUGCCCUUGAGCUUCUGCACUUUGUAUUCUAGUUCUUUAUGUAAUUAAGCCCCCUGUCUCUAUUAAGCCCCUGCUCAAAUGGGCUUGAAAUAAAUGAGCCCGGGGGGGCUUAAUAGUGGAGUUACGGUACAGUAAGUUUGCAUCUCAUUUUUGUGGCUGAUAAUACAGUGUAACCACCCAUUAGUGACCACCCAAAAUGUGAAGAGUUGGUGAUCACAUUUUUUACUGGGGUGGUCGCUUUUGAGAAGCAAACUUAAAUGGGGUGCAGUUGGUGUCCUGUGAAAAAAAAUAUUAUCAGGUGUUCUUCCCUCUCUUCUCAAAGAUAAAUCUCUGGCUAACAUAGGGAUUCAGUCAAACCGGGAAAACCAUGAUCACCAGAAAUAUUCUGGAAUGUUAUUGUGUUGCAAGAAGAAAGCAAAUCAGGCAUGAGAAAACUGAACCGCAAGCAAGAACGUUAAUUAUAAGUUUAUGGUUUUGUGGCUAGUUCGCAUGUCUAAUGAUCUGUGCUGUGAUUGGUCAUAACACAAAUAAAAUAUUCGCGAGAUAUUUCAAAUGUUCAUGGUUUUCCCCUUCGCACUGUAAAUAUCACAUUCUCCUUCAUGCCUUGCCCCAACUCCACCUUUUUUUUUUUAGAAAAAUUUGAUAUCUAUCCCCAUACAUCCAUUAUCAACCAUGAAGUUGGAUAAACUAUAAACAGAAAUAGCAACAAGUGAGUAGGUACUUUUGGUUACAAUUGAUUUGAUUUCUUUAUUUCCAGUGCAUAGCGAUUGAGGACAUUAAUCCACAAGCACCAGUUCAUUUCCUGGUUAUACCGAAGAAAGAAAUAAGAAAGAUAACUGAUGCUACAGAUGAGGAUGAACAAGUAUGUUUACCAUUUCCUUUUUUUUCACAUUUACUCGUUGAUUUUUAUAUGACUUCUGUGUUUAAAUGUAAAGGUAUUCGCAGCUGUUAUUGCAAGUUUAAUUUACCGGAUGGGUCAAUUGUUUAAAACCCUCGGAGAGCUUUUAUCCCAACCAGGAAUUUAGGUGGAUGUGUUCCAUGGGCACCCUUAUUUAAUCCCUUAGCCAUGAUCACUGUACAUGUAUAGGGUCAAACCUUUUACAAGUUAACACCCAUAAGACCACAGUAAUGGCAUUCCAGGCACACCCUACAACUGUUUUCUGUAAUAUAUCUGUUCAGAUAAUGCUGGUUGCUCUCCAUACAAUUUUCAAAGCGUAUCUAGUACAUACCCUAUGAUUUUUUUAAGUUUAGUUUCUUUAGAUUUCAGUACUCCUCGGGUUAUAUUAGGUUAUUUUUCUUGUAAAAAAGGAAACCUAAAAUUUUCAAAUUCAAAAAUGUGAUGGAGAGAGGAAUCAGAAGAAUACUCACUUUCAUCAUAUGUUAAAUUGCAUCUAAAAUUUUCGGGAAAAUGAUACUGAAGCCCUUGUAAUUUCGAAAAGACUCGAGUUCCCUUGAUGACCGAAGAGAUACAAAUUUUAUAGCACCUCUUAAAAUGUAUUUCUUGAGAUCUAAGAGUACUCUGGAUAACCUAAGAAGCAUUUUCAACGUAUGUAUAUGGGAGCAAACAGUUGAUGGGUGCCACCGAAGCUCGGGUUCCCUGUGAGGGUAUCUUGGACUAUCAAACUAUUGACUAGAAACCUACCCGUAUCCUGCUCCCUUUAUAGUUUCAUUGUUUCAUCUUUGGGGGGGACUUCCUAGUAGUAGACUAAUGAUUAUGUGUGCAUUUUCAUGACUGGAUUGACUAUAAUGGGGUUGCAUUUUUGUAAGAGUUUCUAGAGUGGGGUCACACAUUUCAGGCUUUUGGGGGUCAUAAAGUAAAGGUAUGUAGGGAUUUAAAAAAAAAAAAAGAUUUACACUACGUUAAGUUUAACAAAUGUGUCAGUUCAUUUCAUUUAGGAUGACCUAGGUAAAAGGCUUUGUAAGGUAGAUGCAUAAACAGAAAGUGACUAAGUUGGGAUUGUGAAAAUUACUUUUUUUUUAAAAGUGACUAAGAUGUGGUCCAUAAUAUGGCCACAGAGUAGACUAUAAUGGGGUAGGGAUUCUGAGAGGCCAGUGGCACACCUAGUAAAAAUUAACCCAAGUACCCCCCUCCCCUCCCCUCCGCAGGAGUUUCAUAGACAUAAUAGACCUCCCUACAGACAGCUCUGAUACCUGCACUCUACCCAAAGAUUUGAGACUUUUUAAGGAAAAGUGGAAUAGCAGAUCAGGCUAGAAAUGGGGAGUUCUGGAUCCUGUUAACCCUUUACUCUCACUUUCAACUCCUUUUUGCACCCAGUGGCGUUGAGAGAGAAAUCCUCAUAAUGAAAAUGUAUUCAGGGCUGUCAUAAAUUUUUAGAGCAGCCAUAGCAAAUAAAGAUUCACCCAUAACAUCUCCCCAAAACUUUAUAGUGUCACCUUUAGCCUUCCACUUUGAUCACCUAUAAAAUCAAUGAAAGCGUUAUGUACAUGUAUGACUAUGUUUUUUUUUUCAGCUUCUCGGUCACUGUAUGAUUAUUGCGAAGAAAGUAGCAGCCCUGAAGGGUAUUGACCAGGAAGGCUAUCGUGUGGUAAUCAAUAAUGGUCAGCAUGGCUGUCAGUCUGUCUAUCACAUCCUUUUACACGUUUUAGGAGGGCGGAAGCUCAAGUUCCCUCCAGGAUGACUAGGUAAUAUCUAAUUUUAACAUCUUGAUAUCCACAUUAUCCUGUUCUUGAUAUGUUGUUCCAGAAAACAGUCCCUUUGAAAACGUUCGCUUACGUGUAUAAACUUCCCAAUUACAAUAACACCUCUUCAGUUAUAGGCCCGUAUUCUACCUGAAAACAAAGAAAAUUAAGACGGAAUAGAUCAGGAAAAUGAGUAAUUUUAAUUCUCAGUGGACAAAAAUCUUGUACCAGAGUAAUUUAAAGAAUAUUGCAUUCUUUUUUACACUUUUCAAGGCCUAAAGAUGUGAUUAGUCAUAUGUAUUAACACCAAAGAAAAUUUCUCAUGGGAGUCAGAGAAAAUGAAUGUCAAAUUUCACAAGAAUUAGGAAAUUUGACAUUCAUUUUUCACAAGAAUUAUGAAAACACCGGUAAACUUCUGAAAAUUUCAUGUUUAAGAUUUUGUGAAAUUUGACAUUUUGUGAAAUUUUCUGUGGUGUUAUUACGGAUAACUAAUUACCGUACAUCUUCAGCCCUUUAAAAGUGCAAAAAAAUAAUGCAAUAUGCUCUUAAUUAUUCUGGUACAAGGUUUUUGUCCACUGAUAAUUAAAAUAUUAUUACCCAAUUUCCUGGUGGAUUCCGUCUUUAGUUAAUACAUCUGAUUAUAAGCCCCCCCCCUCCCCCCACCCCUUCCCUCUAACUGUAUUGAGGUGAAAACGCGUUAUCAUGAUAUUUUAAAGCUUAAUUAACAAGUCAAUCAAUACAAUACUUAUUUUGAUCUGCACUACUAUAGCUUGUUUUAAAGCGCUUUUUCUAUUUUCUAUUAGGCCCCUCUGUUUAUAAACUCUCCUAAAACCCCUUAAGAUGAUGUGUAAGCUCAGGGCUUGUAAGCGGCAAUUUGUGGUAAUUACCCAUACUCUUCAACAGAAGAGACGCAACGAGACUGCUGACUGGUGGCCAUUUUCGACGCCUGGGAUGUCAACGUUCUUGUUGCGAUGAAGAAAUGCCUUGUUGGACCCGAGCUAAAUAUCUUUCUUGUCCACUGGUCUUUAAUAGACAACAUUUGAAAUCAGGUAAAUUUGGCAAUUGUAAAACGGGAAAUAUGAUGAAAAACUAAUCAUUGUUUUUUAAUUUUUCUAAUUCAGACUCUAUAAUCAGGCUUUUUUUACUGCAUGCGGUUUACAGACUUAAAUGUUGGGAGCUUAAGCAUCGACGACGGCGACGGCAACGAGAGCGCUAAAAAAGCAAUUGGUCAAGGGUCUGUUUACAUGGAGGUGGGGGACCCUAGUUAGGUGAAAUAACCCGCCAAGGUGAGGUUACCCGCAUGUGCAUAUAAUCUUUAAUUUUUUAAAUGAGAGUAGAAGAACAUUAACUGUCACAACGUGUCAGUUUUUGGCGGGGAUGGCGGGGUCGUUAACGCGGGUUAUUUUUAUCCUGUUUGACUUUUCUUUUAGCUUGGGAUAAUUUAUGGCGAAAUGUGACCAAAUAUUCAUCUCAUCUGAACUUUCACGUAAUAUCAAAUUUGCAAUGUACAUAACUCGGACUGUAUUCUUCUACAUAUAGUGGC